ACGAACGUGCUCGACGUUUGAACCCUACGAAUGCCUGGCGCCAAUGAUGCAUCCAGGGCGUACGUACUGCCGUCGGCAGUGUCUCUCAUCAAAAUUCGCUAGUCAUCAAAUAUAAGUACCCGCUGGCGGUGUGAGAGGAUGGCAGCAUUGCAUCUGUCUCCCAGGAAGUGGCGAAGAUGCUCGGCCAACUGUGGGUUAUUGUUGCCCUGGCCGUGUCGGCCAACGCCCUGUUCGACAAGAACUUGGUGUACAGGUCGCCUUUCAUUGGCUACAAGGAGGGCGAUCCGUUCGAUGACUCUGUCCUUCUGUGGACACGCGCGGUACCGCUUCCCCCGGGCCCUGACCAGAGCAUUCCUGUCUGCGUUUCCUUCAAAAUCUUUGACAACUCUCAGCUCUCCGGAGGGCCGAUUGACUCGGGCGAAGCAUUCACGACCUAUGAUGUCGAUUUCACAGUCAAGGUCGAGGCGGAGCACCUGAAGGCCGACACCCAAUACUGGUACCAAUUCGCCGACUGCACAAACUCCAACACGACCAGUCCCGUUGGCGCGACUCGGACCAUCUCCGCACCAAACACCCCGGCGAAUCAGGUUAAUGGUGGUAAGCCGUUGACCCUCGCGGUCUUCAGCUGUUCGCAAUUCCAGAACGGAUGGUUCAAUGCGUACGGAAUUGCCGCUCAUAACACCAGUGCUGAUAUCUUCAUUCAUCUUGGUGACUAUAUCUACGAGUCCCUGGGCAGUGGAGCCAAGAUCGGCCGCGAGGUUUUGGGUCGUGAGCUCGCUACUGUCUUUGACUAUCGUCAACGACUCAACCAAUACCGCACCGACCCGGGCUUGAUUGAUGCUCAUCUGGCUGGCCCUUGGAUCACUGUCUGGCAGGACGAUCAUGAAGUUGCCGACCAGUCCUGGAAAGCAGGAACAGCAGAUAGCAACGACAGUACCACGGGCUGUUCUUUCUCUCCUUCGGGUGCUUGCUUUACGGAUCGGAAGCUGGCUGGUGUUCGUGCGUACCACGAGUGGAUGCCCAUUCGCCAAGUCGACGUCAGCGACAAGCUGCGCAUCUGGAGGAACUUCCAGAUUGGCCAGCUCCUCGACUUGACCAUGCUCGACACUCGCCAAUAUGACCGUGAUAUCACUGAUGUAAGUUUGUACAUACAAUCGUUCAUCAACUCCAUUGCUGACGUCCAGAACCGUACGAUGAUGGGUCCUGAGCAAGAGGCCUGGUUCUACAACACGUUGUCCCAAUCUAAACAGCGUGGAGCAAUCUGGCGCGUCGUAGGACAGCAAAUUGUUUUCACUCAGUUGGACGAAUUUGGAGCAUUCGAUGUCGACGCCUGGGAUGGCUACCGCGCGAACCGCAACCGCAUUCUGGACCACAUUCACGACAACCAGAUCAGUAACGUCGUAAUCCUGUCUGGAGACAGCCACGCAAACUGGGUUUCUGAUCUCGCUCACCCGAACGACACUGUCAACUAUGAUCCCGUUACUGGCGAAGGUAGUUUCGCUGUGGAAUUCGCAGGAACAGCUGUCACAUCUAGCUCACCAUUCGGCAACGGCAUUACCCCCGCCGCUGCGGACAACCUCUCUCGCAUCCUGGUCGCAGACCCUCUGAACAGGGAUCUGCAAUGGAGCGAGGCUUCGUACCGCGGCUUCUUCACUCUCACCAUCGACACGGAGAAGAUCAACGCGACCUAUUGGGCGAUGAGCAACACGAGUUUCGCAAACUUGGACGGCUUCCCGAGCGCAGAGUUCAUUGUUCAGAAGGGGAGUAAUAAGAUCGCUCGCCCGGUCGCUAGCGGCAGUGUCAAAGCUGGUGUGCUUAAGGCCAGCGUCCCAGCGAACACCAGCGUCCCAACGAGCUCCGCCGCGCCUUGAGCAAAGCAACCUCAGAAGCAUCGGUCGAAAAGGAAGUUGUGGAAGCGUGUACGAAUAAGAUCAACGUGUAUAAUAAACGAGAGGGUGACCCGUGCUACGCACGGGCAGAGAGAAUUGAGACAAGAGCUGAGAAGGGAAAUUGAGUGAGAAAUGAGAAGAACGCGCCGUCCGCCGCCAACCUUCGGUUGGCUGGGCGUGCAGCGCCCCCGUGAGAGGCGCCUCGGGAGAGGGAUCACUGGCCAAUGAGAGUGCGUCUUUGUCUCGGGGCUUUGACGCCCGAGGUGUUAUAUUAGAUACGCGAGGCGAGUAUACUACGAUCAAUUGGCGCUAGCGUCCGGAAAAGAUAGCAUUGUGCUGCGGAGUUGUUAUGCCAAUGGGAAUAUGGUAUGCAGGGAAGCUCACUGAGCCAAUCAUGGUUCGCAAUAGCGAAAGCCCAACCCCGACAUGCCCGUCGUAAUCGAGACCUCCGCUACAAGCCAUCGCAGCUCAGUAAGUUUGUCCAGUCGCCGCCUUCAUGACAAGCUUCUUCCACUCCUCCAGGCUCGUUGCGACGCUCUCAGACCGCGGAGGAGUGCUUCCCAGCGCGCCCGCGAGGUGUGCUACGUUCCGAGCGGUCGGGGACGACCCUCCCUGUCUGGCGUAGUACGAAGUGUUCGGGACAGACCCAAACCGGCGCACCUCAGACCCGCCGACCAUGGGAGACCCGGUCGGAUAACGGUGCAUGAGCGGGCCUGCGGUGUGUGGACGCCAGACGGGGUCGCUGCCGGCGUGCGCAAGGGCCUGUGGGAGUGCUGAACGCUGGAUAUCGUGCGU